AUGUUGCGUGUUUGGACACCUGGAGGUGAUGAGAUGGUUACCAUGCCAGUGGAAGAGGCGAUCGAUGUGACUUCGUUAAAGAAACAACUCCAGAAGUUUUGCGGUCUUCCCCGGUUUAGACAGCGGCUUCUGCGAGAAUCUGUGGUGCUGGAUGAUGAUACAAAGCUGUCGUCUCCAGCAGACUUACAGCUGGUAUUGCUCCCGUUUGCAGAUGUUGACCGCUCGCAAAUCACGAGCAUCGUCAGCGCCGCACAGAGUGGGCGAGCCUCAGCAGUUGAGGAGAUGUUGAAGCUUCCACAAGAUCCAAGCCUUGGCGAUCAUGAGUCACGAACAGCUCUUCAUGGAGCAUGUAUGAAUGGCCACAUGGAUGUGGUGCAACUCUUGCUAGAGUCUGCCUGCGACAUGAAUGCCACUGACAACACCGGCAGGACCGCUCUGCACCUGGCAUCCGGAAACGGUUAUGUGAAGAUCUUGCGCUUGCUGGUGGAGUCUGCAGCACACCUGGACCUAAGAGACCGCUUUGGCAACACAGCUCUGCAUGUGGCAGCCUGCGAAGGUAUGCUGGGCUCCGUUCGUGCCCUGUUGCAGUCGGGCAUAUGCAAAGACAUGGUCGACCAUUCCGGCCGUACUGCGCUGCACGACGCGUCUCAGAACGGCCACAUUGCCACAGUCCGCGUCCUCCUGGAUGCUGGCGCUUGCCGGGAUGUGGAAGAUGAAGACGGCCUGACAGCGGCGACCUAUUUCGGCAGGUUCUGCUUCGGUCACAUGGACCUCGUGUUCAAACUCCACUAA